UAGUCUCGUCGCAUAAGGCCAUUGAUCUCGACGAUUUUUUGCCAAAAUGGUGGCCUGUUAAUCGACUUUCUCUGCAGAAAAGUAGUUCUGUUGUUGAUAAAAGAGGCUCGUUCGUCAUGUCAAGUAGUCAGUUCGCGUUGAGGCCAAUCGACGGCGGUAAAAACACCAUACUACCCAUUGGGUCGACCUCCAUUGGACGUGGGCCUUUGCUUAGUGUUGUAGACAAAAGAGUGUCAAGGUCACAUGCUAUUCUUGAUGUUGGAAAUGACAAGUUGACAGUCACAGCAACACAUGCAAAUCCAACAUUUUACAAGACUGCAGAAAAAGAGGCCUUUUCAGCCUUGAAGAAAGAUGARAGCAAGGAGCUUCAUAUUGGUGACCAGAUAUCACUUCUCCCAGAUCAACAUGUUUUUGAAGUGAUACAAGAGCCCAUUUCAGAAAGCAAGAAAGAACUUUUAGAAACUGCUGUACCUAAUAAUUCCAAAGAGGAAAAUGGKUCACCAAAAGAUAAGGAUGAUAUUGAUGUACAGUCGGAAUCGAAUUCAAAUUCAAACAGUGCUGAUAGAGAAAACGAAAGUGAAGUGACAGAACACUUUCAGGAGCAACCAGCACAACCAGAAGCUCAGAUCUUAGACAAAAACCGAACACUUCCAAACUGGAUGCUACCAGGCGACACCAAACCCGAUACACUCGACCGUCCCCCUCCUAAAAAACGUGGUCGACCUAAGAAGGUCAAACUGCCCGAAAACGCGGAAGUCACAGAAGAACAAAACGGAAGUAAAAACGAAUUCUUCCCACCGGUUGAUGAGCAACCAAUAUACGCAAUGGACCACUGGGUAGACGACUACGAAGACGACGACGAAGAUAGUGAUAAUGACGAUGAUGAGGAAGAGGAGUGGAGCCCAGUACCUAAAGGAACUGGCAGGGGAAGAGGUCGGGGAAGAGGGCGAGGGCGAGGUCGUGGACGCGGACGUGGCAGAGGGCGUGGAAGAGGGAGAGGAAGGGGUCGCGGUAGACCGCCUUUAAAACGACGCAAAUCAAAGCAGUAUAGUGAUGACGAUAGUGAAGAUGAAAUCAGCGACGAUGAAGAAUUCUAUGAAAAACCUAUUAAGUUACGAAAGAAAUCACGUGAUAUUAGCGAUAGCGAGGAGGAGCAGGAGCCUUCAAAGGAAGAGGAAGAAGGAAAUGGUGAGAUAGAAACUGACCCAUCCAAGAAGAAACUUCCGCCMUGUCCUUACGGCAAACUAUGUUAUAGAAAAAACCCUGCCCAUUUCGACGAAUAUUCACAUGCGGAUUUUUCGAGUGAAAGUGUAGAGAAACCAGACUGUCCUUAUGGAGCUGAAUGCUAUAGUACAAACCGACAACAUUUACACGAAUAUAAACACCCACAAUCAACAGAUUCAAGUCGACCAAAAAGGAAAGCUUCGAUAACAGGAAAACAUAGCGAUGCCGAACAUGAAAACAUCGACGAGGAAGAACCAAACCCACAAGAUUUCCCUGACAUUUAUCAAGAAAAGAAUGAAUCGUCGAGUAGUGAGAGUUACAACCAGCCGUCAGGAGACGACAGUGACUGGAACCCAGGCGACGACGAUGAAGACGAGGACGUCAAAGAACUGCUGACCGAAGCACGAGGAUUCCUUCGGAGUAAGAAACUAGCCAGGCCUGUGUAGUUUGAGCAGUUUGAACUGUCGUCAUAGUCGUUUUUUGAUAGAGUACUAUGUAUUCUUAAAACAUCGUAGCUUACAUAGCUUAUACAUAUUCAAUAUAUAUAGCUAUAUUCGCUUUAUUGGAGUGAGUUUAAGGCAAUUUCCAAAAGCGAAAUCUCACAUUUUCUAAAUUCAAUACAAAUGAUAUGGAAAUCCUGAAGAAACAAAGGAUUUGUAUUGAAUUCGGUCUAUCCUAGAGAUUCRGCGUUUGGAGGAGACCUUGGUGUUUCUAGUUCUUUUCUUUCAUUCCUUGAUAAUGCCGAGGAUAACGAGGUUAGCCCGUAUUUUCAAGAUUAAUCAAACGUAGUGUACAUCGUUUUAGAUUAGCUAUCGAGAUCUUCAAGUUGUUCUUUCGAUAGAAAGAAAAAAAUGUGACGAGUAUACUGGCUUCACAACCUUAUCCAACAAUGUAUGAGUAAUCAUUCUAUUACCAGAGCCUGCGCUAUUACUUACCAGCAGAAGACAACAAUCUAGUCUCCUCUCGCAGCCAUUAUKAGGCUCGUUCCCAGUUCCUUCAUAAAGGCUGCGAGAGRAGASUAACAGCAAUCGCAUUUGUGGAUUUUGUGUUAGAGSACAAGGAGCAAAAAGUCCAAAGUGUUUAUUUUACAUGCAUGCAUAUUUUCAUGUGARRCCGCCAUUUUACCACUUCAUUGCCGCUCACACGAUCUUAUAUUUUUGGCCUUUCUGCUGGUGCUAACGCUCCCAAAACGACUUAWAGAUUUCUUCUAUCAUUAGACUAGGCUGUAGUGUGCGGCUAUUGAAAAACGGUAAAACAGAAAUUMUUUAUAAAGGCCGAAAGGAGCUCAAUUUUCAUUUGGGCARAAGCUAUUUCUUUGCUCCCAGUGUUCAGAAGUAGAAGGUUUUGGGCCGCGACGUGUUAUAUUGCAACUAAACACAAAGAUGUUAUGACUUUGUUAUUUGUGAUACUUUGCCUUCCCAUCAACAUGGCGGCCAAUACCUUCACUUCAUGGAAAAAGACACUCCGCACUCAGCAGUGUCCUCUCUGCCGCAAUUCCUCGUUUGUUGACAUUAACGGAGACGGACAAUCCUCURCAGUGGUUGAUAUUGUCUUUAACUACUAUARUCUGCUGGCGGGUAAUAACGCAGACGCACUCCGGCAAAGAAAAUGGAUUUUCGUGUGACAUAUAUAAUAUAUUAGUAUAUUAGCUCUAUUUCAGCUCAUUAUGUUUUCUUUCUAUUUGCUACUGCCCCGUAUCCAGGUCUUUCAAAGGUGAUUACGUGACAUCGAGUAAGGUUGAAAAAUAGAGUUUAAAAAGUAUGUAAAAACGUUAUAGAAAAUAUGAAAUAUUACCCAAAUGUAGAGACUAAAGUUUUAACAAUUGUAGAUAUAUAAGUGACAAUAAAAUGAGAUUUAAACUUGG